AUGGCUGACGCUGCUCGAGGACGUGGCGGCUUUGGCGCGCGUGGAGGAGACCGUGGCCGUGGCCGUGGGCGUCGCCCACGCCGUGGUGGUAAGAGCGAGGAGAAGGAAUGGCAGCCCGUCACCAAGCUCGGUCGUCUCGUCAAGGCCGGCAAGAUUACCACCAUCGAACAGAUCUACCUCCACAGUUUGCCCAUCAAGGAAUACCAGAUCGUCGAUGCCUUCCUUCCAGGGCUCAAGGAUGAGGUCAUGAAGAUCAAGCCUGUCCAGAAGCAGACUCGUGCCGGUCAGCGAACCCGUUUCAAGGCCAUUGUUGUCAUUGGAGACUCCGAGGGCCACGUCGGUCUCGGAAUCAAGACCUCCAAGGAAGUCGCUACUGCUAUCCGCGCCGCCAUCAUAAUCGCCAAGCUCAGCGUUCUUCCAGUCCGUCGGGGUUACUGGGGUUCCAACCUUGGUGAACCUCACUCUCUCCCAACCAAGACCAGCGGAAAGUGUGGCUCAGUUUCCGUCAGAUUGAUCCCUGCCCCUCGUGGUACUGGUCUCGUUGCCUCCCCAGCUGUUAAGCGAUUCCUCCAGUUGGCUGGUGUCGCCGAUAUCUACACAUCUUCCUCCGGUUCCACCAAGACCCUUGAGAACACCCUCAAGGCUACCUUCGUUGCCGUUGGUAACUCAUACGGUUACCUCACUCCCAACCUCUGGAAGGAGACCAAGCUCAACCGAAGCCCUCUUGAGGAGUUCGGUGAUGUUCUACGGGAAGGAAAGAAAUACUAA